CCGGCCCCGCCGAGCUCCCCUCCGGCCCGGGCCGGGGAGUUCCCGGCAGGCUCCGCGCCGCGCCUGCGCAGUGCGGGGGAGGCUUUUAAUUCCAUUGUGGAGAGGACGGCGUUAUUUUUAUUAACCGGAGGCGGAGGCGGCGGCGGCGGCGGCGGCGGGACCCCAGGCCUCGUCCGGGGCAUGAAAGUCGGCGGCGGGCUCCUGAGCGGCGGCGGCGGCGGCGGCGGCGGGCCCGGCGGGCGGGCGGAGAUGGAGCCCUCGUUCCCCCCGGGCAUGGUCCUGUUCAACCACCGGUUGCCCCCGGUCACCAGCUUCACCCGGCCGGCGGCGGCCGCCCCCCCGGCGCCGUGCGUGCUGCCCCCCGCGGCCCCGGCCGCCGAGCCCCCCCCGCCGGCCCCGGACAUGACUUUCAAGAAGGAGCCGGCGGCGUCGGCGGCCUUCCCGGCGCAGAGGACCUCCUGGGGCUUCCUGCAGUCGCUGGUGAGCAUCAAGCAGGAGAAACCCGCCGAGCCCGACGAGCCGCAGCCGCAGCCCCACCACCACCACCACUACGGGGGGCUCUUCGCCGCCGGGGCCGAGGAGCGACCCCCGGGGCUGGGCGGCGGCGACGGGGGCGGCCACGGCGUCAUCCAGGACCUCAGUAUCCUCCACCAGCACGCCCAGCAGCAGCAGCAGCAGCAGCCCCCGCAGCAGCAGCAGCCGCCGCAGCAGCCCGCCCAGCACCCCCGUGACGUGCUGCUGGGCGGCGGCGGCAGGACUGAUGACCACCCCGGCCCCGAGGAGCCAAAGCAGGACACUCACGUCAAAAAGGCGAAGAGGCCAAAGCCGGAAUCUCAGGGAAUCAAAGCCAAGAGGAAGCCCAGCGCAUCUUCCAAACCUUCUCUGGUCGGAGACGGAGAAGGGGCCAUCCUCUCCCCAAGUCAGAAACCUCACAUCUGCGACCACUGCAGCGCCGCUUUCCGAAGCUCCUACCACCUGCGGAGGCACGUCCUCAUCCACACCGGGGAAAGGCCCUUCCAGUGCAGCCAGUGCAGCAUGGGCUUCAUCCAGAAGUACCUGCUGCAGAGACACGAGAAGAUCCACAGCCGGGAGAAGCCCUUCGGGUGCGAUCAGUGCAGCAUGAAGUUCAUCCAGAAGUACCACAUGGAGAGACACAAGAGGACGCACAGUGGAGAGAAGCCAUAUAAAUGUGACACUUGCCAACAGUAUUUUUCAAGGACGGACAGACUCUUGAAACACAGGCGCACGUGUGGUGAAGCCAUAGCGAAAGGAGCCGCUAGUGCAGAACCUGGGUCAGCAAACCAUAACAACAUGGGUAACCUGGCUGCGUUGUCUCAGGGAAAUACAAGUUCCUCAAGGAGGAAAACGAAGUCGAAGAGCAUAGCGAUGGAGAAUAAGGAACACAAGGCGGGGAAAACAAAUGAAUCACAAAUUUCCAAUAACAUCAACCUGCAGAGUUACUCUGUAGAGAUGCCCACCGCCUCUUCCAGCGGGGGCAUAAUUGGCACUGGGAUAGAUGAACUACAGAAAAGGGUGCCAAAACUGAUCUUUAAGAAAGGAAGCAGAAAGAACACAGACAAAAACUACCUGAAUUUUGUGUCGCCGUUGCCAGACAUCGUUGGACAGAAGUCCUUGUCUGGGAAACCAGGUGGUUCCCUUGGCAUAGUGUCGAAUAAUAGUGUGGAGACCAUUAGUCUUCUGCAGAGUGCAAGUGGAAAACAAGGUCAAAUAGGUAGUAAUUAUGAUGACGCCAUGCAGUUUUCAAAGAAAAGAAGAUACUUACCAACUGCCAGCAGCAACAGUGCCUUUUCUAUAAACGUGGGACACAUGGUCUCCCAGCCGUCCGUCAUUCAGUCUGCAGGUGUCAGUGUUUUGGACAAUGAGGCCCCAUUGUCACUUAUUGACUCCUCAGCUCUAAGUGCUGACAUUAAGUCUUGUCACGACAAGUCUGGGAUUCCCGAUGAGGUUUUACAGAGUAUUUUGGAUCAGUACUCCAACAAAUCAGAAAGCCAGAAAGAGGAUCCUUUCAGUAUAACGGAACCUCGAGUGGAUUUACACACCUCAGGAGAACACUCAGAACUGGUUCAGGAGGAAAAUUUGAGCCCAGGCACCCAAACGCCUUCGAGUGAGAAGGCGAGUAUGUUGCAAGAAUACUCCAAAUACCUCCAGCAGGCUUUUGAAAAAUCCACUAAUGCAGGUUUUACUCUUGGACACGGUUUCCAGUUUGUCAGUUUGUCUUCACCUCUCCACAACCACACUUUAUUUCCAGAAAAACAGAUAUACACUACAUCUCCUUUGGAGUGUGGUUUCGGCCAAUCCGUUACCUCAGUGUUGCCAUCUUCCUUGCCAAAGCCUCCUUUUGGGAUGUUGUUUGGAUCUCAGCCAGGUCUUUAUUUAUCUGCUCUGGAUGCCACACAUCAGCAGUUGACACCUUCCCAGGAGCUGGAUGAUCUGAUAGAGUCUCAGAAGAACUUAGAGACUUCGUCAGCCUUCCAGUCCUCAUCUCAGAAAUUGACUAGCCAGAAGGAACAACAGAAGAACCUAGAGUCCUCCACAAGCUUUCAGAUGCCAUCUCAGGAGUUAGCUAGCCAGAUAGAUCCUCAGAAAGACAUAGAGCCUAGAACCACGUACCAGAUUGAGAACUUUGCACAGGCGUUUGGUUCUCAGUUUAAGUCGGGCAGCAGGGUGCCAAUGACCUUUAUCACUAACUCGAAUGGAGAAGUGGACCAUAGAGUAAGGACUUCAGUCUCAGAUUUCUCAGGGUAUACAAACAUGAUGUCUGAUGUGAGUGAGCCAUGUAGUACAAGAGUAAAGACACCCACCAGCCAGAGUUACAGGUAAGGUCCCCAGAGUGACCAGGCUGGAGGUCUUCUAAUGUAAUUUUGUUUUAUUUUGAGAACACUGCCAUUGGAAUGUUUCUACACGAUCCUAUUAAGAAUAAUGUAAUGCCCUUUCAAUGCAACUUUUCAUAUUUAGUUUAUUUUGUUAGCGUGAUUUUAGCUCUGUUUGUAUUAUGAUUUUUAAUCAAAAUCAAUAGAUUAAAAAUAGUUUGACAUUCAAAGUGACAAUGUUUAGCAAUCAAAUUUACAUGUAUAGAUCGUCAGGGACUAGCCCAAAAGUUAAAUGCAAAAAAAAAACAAAACAAAAAAACCUACAAAAAAACAAAACAAGAAAAACACACAAAAAAAACUUUGUUGCUAGGAUUAAGGUUAUUCUAAUUGCUUUACUCUCAGGAAAGUGUAAUAACGCAUGGGAAUUCUGUACGUUAUCACUGUAAUGGAAUAUCCAAUUUACAGAUAGUAUGGUAUACAUUUCAUCAUUUAAGUAAGGGAUCGAAAACAUUUCAAAUUGCUGUCUCCAUCUGGGCUGAUCCAAAAUUCUGAGAUGUUGGCUACCUAUAUUUUGUUGCAGCUUUUAAAUGUACUCUGAACUUCCAAACCACAUUCAUUCCAGCCUGGUAGAACAAAUAUUCUUGGAUCUUUGAUCAAAGCCUGGAAUGAUAGCUUUAAUAGAAGAAGAAGAAAAAGCACCCUCUCCUUAUCCCAACUGUAACAAGGCUCUACUUCCAUUAAGAUCUACUGACAUCCAGCACAGUGUUGAAGCCCACGUGGUUGGUUGGUUCCAGUGUUAGAACCCGAGUUGGAAUUACAUGAUUCUUCGAAAUUUGGGGUAUGCGGUAUUUAUUAUACAUGGCCUAAAACAUCCUGCUCUUGUCUGUGCUAUUACUUAUCACCCACACUUCUGUAUUUUUUUUUAUUCUUACUCUUAACCUGUCCUUUCUUAGAGCUCUGGGCCUGCCUUGUUUCCUCUUCUCCCCAUCUUGACAGUUUCAAUCUUAGAAUGAUUUACAUUCCAAUAGAUAAUUCAUUAUGCAUUUUAUAUGCCUUACGGCCUCCAAAUACUAAACAAUAGGGUAAACAUCCCCUCUACCUUUUCUAAAAACAAAACUUGUGCAGAUUUCCAUGUAUAAUAAAACCCCACAUACUCAGAGCUGUAGAUAUAUCAGUAAGGUGGUAAUUUCAACUGGUGACAUAGCUAGUGUGAGGGAUCGUGGUGUGUCUGCAUCUGGUAGUGACAUCAGAACCUCUUUGUGAAAUGGCAGCCUUUAAUGUACAUUUUAGAAGGGUGCAUUAGUCAGUAUUGUACAGGGGUCUUGUAAAGUCAUCAAAACUUGCUAUGAACGCUAAUUGCCAUUUGAAGCUACUGGUAGACAGUGGCUCUGCUCUAAACCACUUUUUAGCAAUUGUAUUUUUUUCCUGAUUAUAUUUUUUAAUGUACUUUGAUGUUUAUGCUGAUGAGUUUUUUAUGUACUUUUGGUGAUGUUUCAGUCUUAUGUACUCUUCUGACGUCAGAAAAGUACCACUGGUUGUUUGCAGUCUUAUUGUGUAAUCAGCCUACACAGGCUUCCAUGUAUAAUAAAGUAAUUAAUAUUGUGCAAGUGUAAAACACUUCUUUUAUGAAAGCAGUGUUUGGAAAAUAAGAAAUUAUUAAAAAUGGUUACAAAAUACUAGUUAAUUUCCUCUCCCCGCUUUCCCCCCUUAAGUCUGCUUUACCAGCUAAAGGGUCACCUAUUUGUCAUUGCAGGAUUCUUAGAAAAUGUGUUUAAUUCUCCUAAAUACACUCAGUACUAAAAAGUCUGUAUUUCUUACCUCGGUAAGUGCGGUAAGUUCUAUCGGGUACAGAGUACAAGCUGUAAUGGAAGGAUGGAGAGGACCUUUACCACUGUAUCUCUUCAGCUGUAUGAUUUUUCUCCAGUGUUUUGUUUUCUACAGGUUUUGAAUUUUCUUUAACUUUUAUUGUGUGUACUGAAUACUGCAUAUGUAUUAUUCUGAUUGUUUGCUCUAGUUUACUACCAAUAAAAGACCUGUUAAUCACAAAAUUGAA